GCUCGGGAGGGUCUCUCCGUUAAUUAGGGUGUCGCAGUGGUUCCCUGCAGUGCCGACCCGCUUCGGCUCGGUUCGUCCCGGAGACCCAGCAGCACUGCGGCGGAUUUGUGACGGCCGUUCACGCACUCCUUAUUUCUCCUUACGACGACAUUUCUGCUCGUAGAGAAGAGCGGCGAGGCGCAGAGCCUCCUCACACCGGCUGGGCACCGUGGGCAGUGUCGAGGAAUUGCUCCGUGGACGUUGGCCCCAUCGUUCUCGGCGGCUUGUGGACGGCGCUGCUCCCCGAAGAUCCCGACUCUCUGCGUGGCUCCUUGACGGUACUGAGCGCCGGAGUCUGCGGCUGCUGGGAGGAGCUCGUUGCGGCGGCCGGGCAUGUCGGGCGCCCCUUCGUAGAGAGGCAGCACGCGGCUGUCUGCUCCCUUCAGGCGGUGCGGAUUGAGACGGGCUGUCCGCCUUUUCUUCCUCCAUGAAUGCCACUGGUGCAGUUCUUUUAGAUGGCACUGCCCUGCGAUGAGCUCCCAGUAGACAUUGUCCACCGGCAGCGGCGCUAUAAAGGAAACGAGCGGAAAAGCUGAGGACAACACACCGUCUCUGUCGCCGUCGCCUUUCCCAAAGCUCAGUUGGUGGCAGGCAGACCCGUCUAGAGGGCAGCUCAGGGUCAGAGUGGCACGUUGCGUAAAUGGAACACGGCCGGAGUGGACAGAGCCCGGACAGCCUGGACUUCACAGUGGAGAAUGUGGAGAAGGCGCUGCACCAGCUCUACUAUGACCCCAACAUUGAGAACAAGAACUUGGCGCAGAAGUGGCUCAUGCAUGCUCAGGUCUCCCCGCAGGCCUGGCACUUUAGCUGGGCCCUGCUGAGCCCGGACAAGGUGCCCGAGAUCCAGUACUUUGGCGCCAGUGCCCUGCACACCAAGAUCUCGCGCUACUGGGGCGACAUCCCGGCCGGGCAGUACGAGAGCCUCAAGAGCCAGCUCUUCAGCCAGAUCGCCCGCUUCGCCUCGGGCUCCAAGAUCGUGCUGACCCGGCUGUGCGUGGCCCUGGCGUCGCUGGCCCUCAACAUGAUGCCCGAGAACUGGCCCUCGGCGGUCAGCGACAUGGUCAAGAUGUUCCAGACGGAGAGCUCGGAUGUGGACGGCAGGGCCCGCUGCCUGGCGCUGCUGGAGCUGCUGACCGUCCUGCCCGAGGAGUUCCAGACCAGCCGGCUGCCGCAGUACCGCAAGGGUCAAGUGCGCAACACGCUGGGCCAGGAGUCGGCCGCCGUCUUCCCCCUCCUGCAGCAGCUCCUGCAGCAGCACGACUCGCCGGGCUUCAUCAAGCAGAAGGUGCUCAAGUGCUUCUCCAGCUGGGUGCAGCUGGACGUGCCGCUCUCGGACUGCGAGGGUCUCGUGCAGGUGGCCUUCUCGUCGCUGCAGGACCCCGAGCUCUUCGACACCGCCGUGGAGGCCAUCGUCAACGCCAUCUCGCAGCCCGACUCUCAGAGGUACGUCAACACUCUGCUCAAGCUGAUCCCACAGGUGCUGCAGCUGCAGGAACAGCUGCGGCAGGCGGUGCAGAGCUGCGACAUGGAGACGUCCCAUGGCAUCUGUCGCAUUGCCGUGGCACUUGGCGAGAACCACUCUCGGGUUCUGCUGGAGCAGGUGGAGCACUGGCAGAGCUUCUUGGCACUUGUCAACAUGAUCAUGUUCUGCACUGGCAUCCCUGGUCAUUACCCCGUGAAUGAGACCACCAGUUCGCUGACACUGACCUUUUGGUACACACUUCAGGAUGAUAUCAUGUCCUUUGAGACGGACAAGCAGGUGGUCUAUAUGCAAGUGUACCGGCCCAUCUACUUUCAGCUGGUGGACGUCCUGCUUCACAAAGCCCAGUUUCCUGUUGAUGAAGAGUACAGUUCUUGGUCCUCCGAUGAGAAAGAACAAUUUCGAAUUUACCGGGUCGACAUAUCGGACACCCUCAUGUAUGUCUACGAGAUGCUUGGAGCUGAGCUGCUUAGUAACCUGUAUGACAAGCUGGGGCGCCUGCUGACCAAUGCUGACCAGCCGGCCUCAUGGCAGCACACGGAGACCCUGCUCUAUGGCUUCCAGUCCAUCGCAGAGACCAUCGAUGUCAAUUAUUCGGACGUCAUUCCCGGCCUCAUCGGCCUCAUCCCUCGCAUCAACAUCAACAAUGUGCAGCUGGCCGACACGGUCAUGUUCACCAUCGGUGCCCUGGCGGAGUGGCUGGCGGACCACCCAGUGAUGAUCAACAACGUCCUUCCCCUGGUGCUGCAUGCACUGGGCAACCCAGAGCUGUCCAUUUCUAGUGUGUCCACGCUGAAGAAGAUCUGCCGAGAGUGCAAGUACGACCUGACGCCCUAUGCGGCCAACAUUGUGGCCGUGUCGCAGGACGUGCUGAUCAAGCAGAUUCACAAGACCAGUCAGUGUAUGUGGCUCAUGCAGGCCCUGGGCUUCCUGUUGUCUGCGCUGCCGGGGGAGGAGAUCCUGAGGAACCUGCACUCCCUCAUCACGCCCUACAUCCAGCAGCUGGAGAAGCUGGCAGAGGAGACACCCAACCCAUCUAACAAGCUGGCAAUCAUCCACAUCCUGGGGCUCCUCUCAAACCUUUUCACGACCCUUGACAUCACCCAGCAUGACGACGAGUCUGCGGAGGGCACGGAGGUGAAGAAGAAGCACACGGAGCCGGGACCCAACCCUGUGGUGGUGGUCCUCCAGCAGCUUUUUGCCCUCAUCCAGAACGUUCUGAGCAAGUGGCUGAACGACUCGCAGGUGGUGGAGGCGGUGUGUGCCAUCUUCGAGAAGUCGGUGAAGACCCUGCUGCACGAUUUCGCCCCCAUGGUGCCUCAGCUCUCAGAGAUGUUGGGCCAGAUGUACAGCACAAUCCCCCAGGCGUCAGCGCUGGACCUGACGCGCCAGAUGGUCCACAUCUUUGCUAAUGAAACGGAGCACUUCCCACCCAUCAAGGCGCUCUUCCAGCUGACCACCUCUGUGACACUCUCCAUUUUCCAGCAAGGGCCCAGGGAUCAUCCUGAUAUUGUUGAUUCAUUUAUGCAACUCCAGGCUCAGGCCCUCAAACGGAAGCCCGACUUGUUCUUGUCCGAGGCGCUCGAUGUCAAGGCCAUUUUCCACUGUGGCGUGAUGUCCCUCAAGUUCCCCGAGGCUCCAACUGUCAAGGCCACCUGCCUCUUCUUUACGGAGUUGCUGCCUCACUGUGGAGACGUCCAGCUGAUCGGACAGGUGGUACACGAUGAUGGCCGGCUGCUCCUGCAGGCCCUUCUUGAGGGCAUCGGCGGUCAGUCUUCCCGCAAUAUGAUGGAUCAGUUUGCCGAGAUCCUCUUUGCCCUGAACAAGCACUGCUUCAGCUACCUGUCGCUGUGGCUCAAGGACCUCCUGCAGCAGCCCACCUUCCCGUCCAGCCGCCUCACGCAGGAGCAGAAGGACACCUUCUGCCAGCAGAUCCUCAGAGAACGUGUCAACAAGCGGCGGGUGAAAGACAUCGUCAAGGAGUUCACGCUGCUGUGCCGCGGACUGCAUGGCACCGAGUACGCCGCGGACUACUGAGCCAUGCCAGCUGCUCGCACCGUCGACCUUCUCUGUCUGUGUGUCAUGUUGGGACUCGAGGGGAGGCUGGACAGGUUGGCACCCCGGUGCCAUGCUCUCCCCCAACGCAUGCGAAGGUCAGCCGAGUGACCCUGUGCCCACAGGAGGAGCCCCCCCCUUUCCCCCCAAACCUGCUGGAGCGGCGGGCAGCCCGGGCACAGCGCCUGUAUGUGUCCGUGUUUGUGCUCUCGUUGUGUGUUGACUGGAUGCUGCCCGCUGAGCCUCUUUGGUGGACAUAUGUGUGCCCAUGUGGGCUCCUCUGCCCCCCCCCCCCCCGUCCCUCUCGAUCCUGCUUGGCACCAGCGCUCCUCUCCGUGUCUAACGCAGGGCUGCUGGGUUUCUUUUCUUUUUUUCUUUUUCUUUUUUUUUUUUUUGUACCAGGUUUUAAUUUAUUAAAUAUCGACGAGAUAAGCACAG